UCAGCUGGUUACACAUGACACUGACGUUCGCUCGCAUUCGCAUGAGAUUUACAGAUUAUUGUUCUUUUCUUUAAAUAUUUAUUAUUUUUUCUUACUUCACUAUAAAUGUAAAUUACUUUGUUCUUUUUAUUAUAUUAAAACAAUAUUCUUAACCAAAAAUGUCGAAGGAUAAUGAGGAACCGACAGAUUUAGACUGGAUUCAACUACGUCGAGAUAUGGGACAAUCUCACCAAAUUGAAACAUUGAAAGAGAAAUUUGUUCGAAAGUUUGGAGAAAACCCAUUUGUUCCCAUAGGUUGCCUUGCCACCGCCGGUGCAUUGUCCUAUGGCCUGUGGUGUUUUAGAACAGGAAGAACAAAAUUAUCACAGCGAAUGAUGCGAAUGCGAAUUGUUGCACAAGGAUUUACAAUAACGGCUCUUGUUGUUGGUGUUAUGCUCACUGCAGGAAAAUCUCUCAAAUAGUAUACUUUGUUAUGUCAAUAAUUUGAAAUUUUUACUAGUAAACAAUAAAAAAUAUUCACUAAUGUAUUUUACAAACUAACUUUCGAAAGGAAUAGUUGUAAUAGCGGCUUUAUAAUUAAUUUUUUGAUAAAUUCAUGUGUAAAGUUUAGUUAUAAAUGAAUAAAUAAAAAUAAACAUAUUAA